AUGGGACUACAUCAUAAUCGGCUCCGGCAUCUCCGCGCCGCCAUCGCCUACAAACUCCUCACCCACUCCCCCCACCUCAAGAUCCUAAUGCUGGAAGCACGCACUGCAGCAAGCGGCGCAAGCGGGAGGAACGGCGGGCACUGCCGUGCUGGAUGGUGGUUGAAUUUUGAGAAGUAUGCUGCGGCGUGGGGAGAGGAGGAGGCGGUGAAGUUUGAGGAGUUGGAAAGGGGGAAUGUGGAGGAUGUGGCGGGGUUUGUGCGGGAGGAGGGGGUUGACUGUGAUUUUCGGGAGGUGGUUACUGUUGAUGCGUUUUAUACUGAGGGGGAGUGGGGGAGGGUGAAGAGGGAUAUGGGGUUGAGGAAGGAGGUUAGAAGGAGACUGGGUGUGGAGGAGAAGGUGGAGCAGAAGGUGUGGGAGGGGAGAGAGGCGGAGGAGCAGACGGGACUGAAGGGUGUGAUUGGGGCGGUGGGGUAUAAAGCAUACACGCAGAAUCCGUAUCGGGGCAAAGUGGAGGUGCAUACGUUUCGUGGCAAUGUCAGGGCGGCGAACGUGGUGCUGGCGACGAAUGCCUACACGAACAGCCUGCACGACGGUUUGGCGAAGACGGGUUUCCUGAAGCCGAGCAGGAGUCAGGUCACUGCUAUCAGGCCUGCAGAGGGGAAUGUGUUACAGCAUGCCUCAAUCGGCAAAAGUAUUGCGUUGGACGACAAAGGAUCCGGCGACUACUUCUUCAUCCGCCAACCUGGGUUGGAAGGCGCAGGAGAUGUGUUAUAUGGUGGUGGCAGGAGCAUAUCACCUACGCGGGAGAUGGGGAUCACAGACGACUCGACGAUCAAUGAAGCCAUUGCUGUAUACCAGAAAAGGUCCGUCCCUGAAGCUUUUGGGCAGGAUCAAUGGGGCAAGCAAAGCGACGAGAUCAGAGACUGGACGGGCAUCACUUGCUAUACACCCGACACGUACCCUUUGGUCGGGCAAUUACCAGGGGAGCAAGGACUCUGGGCAUCAGUUGGCAUGGAUGGACAUGGCAUGGCUAUGGCCUUCAGAAGUGCUGAAGCGCUAGUCCAACUAAUGACAAUGGGUGAAGAGCCAGAGUGGCUUCCGAAAGGGUUUCGGAUGGCAAGAGCAUGGGAGGAGACGAGGGUGAACUUCAGUCCACAUAUUUGGAAGCCUGAGCAAAGGGAAGGACUGGCGCAGCUGUGA